CAGUGGUAGAGGUGGAGGUAGCACUGGCUUCCAUCCUCAGGGUGACUACCCCACCCCUUCCACAAGGAGGGGGUGGGGAAGGUCACCCCAAUGGCAGAGGAGGUACCUGAACCAAAAAAGUCACCUGCAGGUACUUCAUGAAUGGAUUUUGUAAAGAAGGGGACAACUGCCAAUACUCCCAUGGGCUGCCCAAGAAUCUGAAGGCCAUGGUGUGUCAUGAUUAUCAAAGUGUUCGUGAAGACUGCUGCAGAAGUCGAUGUAUGGGGCCUGCCUGAUAAAGUAGAACCAGCUGCCCCAAAACUCCAUCCUCCAGCUUCCCCAAGCCCCUCCCCACUGGCAGAUCCUGUAGUCAAUUCUGGGACAGUAAAACUAUCAAACGCCAGCUUUGCAGCUAUAGGACCAGGUACAGAUGACUGGGUCUAUGCUAUCGAGUUUGUUCCCGGACAGCCUUACUGUGGACACUUUUCCUACACCUGCGGCGGAGCAUCCCAGCAGGGUCAUGUGACAGAGGAAGAGUCUGGGACACAGUCAACCGAGAGGGAGCCAAAAAAGCCUGAAGCAGGAGAAUGUCCACAUGAGGAGGGCCCUGUGUGUCUCCAUGAAGAUUCAUGUGACUCAUGUGAACUUAAGGUCCCAAACACUGAGGAUGCUCCCCAAAGACUAAGCCAUAUCAAAUGUUGCAAUGAGGCCCACGAGAAGAACAUGGAGCUGGCUGAGAAGGAUAUGGAGCUGGCUUUAGCAAUCCAGCCUAGCCAGAAUCUGUUGUGUGGGAUCUGCAUGGAGGUGAUCUAUGAGAAAGCCAACCCCAACGAGCUCUGCUUCGGAAUCUUCACCAACUGCAACCACACCUUCUGCCUCAAAUGCAUCCGAAAGUGGAGAGAUGCCAAACAAUUUGAAAGCAAAAUCAUCAAGGCCUGCCCAGAGUGCCGGCUCAACUCAAGCUUUGUCAUCCCGAGUGAGUUCUGGGUGGAGGAGCACGAAGAAAAGCAGAAGCUCAUUCAACAGUACAAGGAGGCUCUGAGCAGCAAGCCCUGCCGUUACUUUGAUGGAAGCCAAGGCAGCUGCUGGUUCGGGUUGAACUGCUUUUACCAGCACGCUCACGUUGAGAGCGCAUGCGAAGAAGAACUUCAGCGGCUGGCAAAGGCAGUGUAGGGCCCAGAGUGGGAGAGCGGGGAGGGCAGCGACCCGCUCCCACCAAUAAGGACUGACGCACAGAGGGGACCUUGGGGGGAGGGAGAAUACCGCUUAAACUUUAGGAGAAGGCAGAGCAAACACCGAGGCCGUAACCACCCGCUCAUAGACAUGAGAUAACAGCA